CCCCCCCCCGCCGCCGCCGCCGCCGCCGCCCCCCCGGCCUCGCCAUGAGCUUCUUGUUCGGCAGCCGCUCCUCGAAAACCUUCAAGCCGAAGAAGAACAUCCCGGAGGGCUCGCACCAGUACGAGCUGCUGAAGCACGCCGAGGCCACCCUGGGCAGCGGCAACCUGCGCAUGGCCGUCGUGCUCCCCGACGGGGAGGACCUCAACGAGUGGGUGGCCGUCAACACCGUGGAUUUCUUCAACCAGAUCAACAUGCUUUACGGGACCAUCACCGAUUUCUGUACGGAGGAGAGCUGCCCGGUCAUGUCCGCUGGCCCAAAGUACGAGUACCAUUGGGCGGAUGGAACGAACAUAAAGAAGCCCAUCAAGUGUUCCGCACCAAAAUACAUCGAUUACCUGAUGACCUGGGUUCAAGAUCAGCUGGACGAUGAGACCUUGUUUCCAUCUAAAAUAGGCGUCCCUUUCCCGAAGAACUUCAUGUCGGUGGCCAAGACCAUCCUGAAGCGACUUUUCCGGGUGUACGCCCACAUUUACCAUCAGCACUUUGAUCCGGUUAUCCAGCUCCAGGAAGAAGCCCACUUGAAUACAUCCUUCAAGCACUUUAUUUUUUUCGUUCAGGAAUUCAACCUCAUCGAUAGAAGAGAACUCGCCCCUCUCCAAGAACUGAUCGAAAAACUCACUUCAAAGGACAGAUAAAAGGAUGGAGCGGCGGCGUUCAAAUAGUUUGUCUCUCGAAGCAGGCAUUGUUAGGGUUGGGGGAAGGGGGCUAGGGAGGGGGUGUGGGUGUUGGUUUGGGGGGUUUUUUUUGGUUUCUUUUUUUAUUUUUUAAAUAAAUGAAACCGUAUAUUCUUGUUCUUAGAGAAAGCCAA